ACUUUUAUUUAAAUUCGUAAAAAAGCACUCCAAUAAUUUCUCAUCUUUGCUUAGCGGUGUCUAUUGUUUCUUACACAAAAGUUAUUUAUUCGGAAAAAGUGGAAGAAAUUCAACUUAAUUAGUGUUCAUCUUAUUAAAAAUUUCAUCUGAAAUCCAUUUUAUUCGCUACAAAGGUAGUGACAUGGCUUCUUCGGCUGCUUCGACGCUGUCGGAUUCUUGGGAAAAGUAUGAUAAAAUGUCACUGAUUUACUCAGGAACAUUCUCUGUGAUUAAUAAAGGAAAGUUGAAAAACAGCCCCGAUCCUGCCACAGUUGUGAUGAAACAAAAUUUUGGUAGAUCCCGUUUGACCGAAAUCAGAGGCUACCAAAAACUCCAAAAUUGCGACCAAAUUCUGAAGAUUUUCGAUAUAUGCGAUAAUUUCCGUACAAUUGUGUUGGAGCUAUGCAUGUGCAACUUGCAAGAAUUCCUUCAAUACCAUCGGAUCAAUCAGCCAGAACAGAAAAACCUUGCACGCCAGUUUUUGCGAGGCGUAGAAGCAAUUCAUGCCAAAAAUAUGGUGCACGGAGAUAUUAAAAUGGCAAAUCUCCUGAUGACUUUUGACGGCAUAUUGAAGAUUACGGACUUUGAAUCGAUGCUUGAAAAUAACGUCCACAAGCCAUUUUACAGAAUACGCACCGUUGGGUACACCCCACCCGAAUUUCUAUUAACUAGCGAUCCGAUUUAUGUGAACACCACUAUGGAUUUGUGGUCCGCCGGCUUAAUUUUGUUCAAAAUUUUCACAAACAACAGUAAAUGCCUCAUCAGUGAAGAUUCUAAACCUGAUUCUGAAUCUGAAUUGAGAGCAAUUACAUACCUGUUCGGCUGUAUUACUGGACCGUUUGUCUCAAGUUUGAAUUCAUACAGAAAGUACUAUGAAUGGGCCAAACAUUACGAUACAAGCUUUUUCGCAAACACACUGGAAAGACUGAUGAUGUCGCACACUCAAUCUGAAAGAGAUUUAAUUGAGAGACUGAUGAAAGUGGAGCCUUCUGAAAGAGCCACGGCGAGCCAAGUGCUUCAAUCGGCAUCUUUUUCUGCUGAGCCCCUUCCGUCUGCCGACUUGACAGAUGCUGUCAGAGACUAUAUGGAGAAACGUAGAAUCACAAGACCACCCGCACACGACGCCGCAGAAGUCGAUUGGCAGACUAUUGCUAUUCCAGAGUCAGUGUAGGCCAAGUAAAAUGUUGAACAUGGUGACUGCUUUAAUUAGGAUCGAGAAGAGCAAGUGAGCAGAUGAGAUUAUGUGAAUCAAGGGAUUGGAAGGAAAAUAUUGUGAAUGGUACUUUGGCUAUUAAUGAAUUAGUUAGAACAGAAAAUUGCAUUGCAGGAUGAAAAGCGCUAAAUAAUAAGUGAUGUGGGAUAGCAUAGUUAAAUGAAUAAGAGUGUGGAAAGUGAAGGGACACAGACAAUUAGAACAUGAUAUAUUAUAGCAGUUCACUUUUGCUCUAACAAUUUUAAUUUAUUAUUUCAUAACUCGGUGACAUAAAUUAUUACUUAUGAUACUUAUAGUAACUUAUAAUAACUUAUUUUUUGGAUUUGUUUCUUCAUCGUUUGGAUUGUUUGUUUUGUUUCUGACAGUUUAAAAAGCAAUAGUUACGGUAGGCCUAUGUUGUUCUUUGCCAGGAAGAGAAUAAAAAACAAAUCUGCUUCAAGUAAUUUGUUACUUUUCAUCAACUCUGUUAUGCUGAACUCAUAUUUUGUGUUAAUUUUAGUUCUCACAUUGGACUCUCUCAGUUGAAAUCAUUAUAUUAUAUGCCACUAUUAGUAGUUUCAUAAUUAUUGUUUCUGUCAGGUAACAAAGAGCCUAUGUUGUUCUUUGCCAAAAACUUAACAACAAACAAUUGUACUCCAAUAAUUUGUUACUUUUCAUUAUCAUAUCGUUAUAUUGAGUUCAUAUUUUGUAUUGAUUUGAAUUUUUACUUUGUUUUUUUCCAUUUGAAUAAAUUAACUGACUGACUAAUGUAAUUGAAUUCAUUGUUGUUACAAAUUGAAUAAAAUUUUUAGGAGUCU